CAGAGGCAGCAGUUUCCUCGGAGCUUCACGGAGCCCUGCUACCCUGCCGCCACCAGCCCACCGGCCCCACCCUCAAGCCUCUCAUUCUCCAUCCUCCCGGCCAGGGUCCCUGAAAGCACAUUCUCAGGGAGCUCCAAAUCCAGUCGGCUCAGAAGCCCAGCGAUCCUGUCCCACCCCAUCCUCCCCACCCACACAGCUGAGGUCACCCUGGCCCAGCCUCUUUUGCAACUUUCCCAAGUCUGUUCAAGGAGGCAGAGGAGGAAAACUCAAAGGGAAGUUGCCUGGCCCACAGACUCUCACAAGUGCCCAGAGCUUUCUCCUCUGGCCCGGCUGGCACCGUUACUCCAAGAAGAGACCUCGAGACCCAGACAGGACACCCACCUGCCCGGAGCCGAGUGCUGCGCAGCCACAGCUGCUUGGCUGUCUGCAAGGCCUCUGUUCAGACCCAUCCAGCCUUCCUGGCAUUCCAGGCUACGUUCUGAGCAGUGCUGGUGGAGUGCGAGGGCUCUGAGCCCCUUGAUGAAUCCCCGGAAGAAGAUGGACUUGAAGCUCAUCAUUGUCGGAGCACUUGGGGUGGGAAAGACCUCUCUCCUUCACCAAUAUGUGCACAAGACGUUUUACGAGGAAUACCAGACCACGCUGGGGGCCAGCAUCCUCUCCAAGGUCAUCAUCCUGGAUGACACCACUUUGAAGCUACAGCUGGCAUCACGGCCCCACGGUGUGGCUGCUCUUCCCCUCCAGAUCUGGGACACAGGCGGUCAGGAGCGGUUCCGCUCCAUGGUGUCCACCUUCUACAAAGGCUCCGAUGGCUGCAUCCUGGCUUUUGAUGUCACUGAUCUGGAAUCCUUCAAGGCCCUAGAUGUCUGGCGGGAUGACGUUCUAGCCAAGAUCAUCCCUGUGGAGCAGUCCUACCCCAUGGUGGUGCUGGGCAACAAAAUCGAUCUGGAAGACAGAAAGGUGCCCCCGGAGAUGGCCCAGGGCUGGUGUGAAGAGAAGGAGAUGCCCUACUUUGAAGUCAGCGCCAAGAACGACAUCAACGUGGGCCAAGCCUUCGAGACGCUGGCCAGACGGGCUCUGUCCAGGUACCGAGGCAUCUUGGAGAAUCACCUUGCAGAUUCCAUCAAGCUCACGGCCAGCCAGGCAGAGAGCAGGUGCUGCUGAGGCCACUCCCACUCUGGACUCCGGAGAGGACCCGGCCUGGGCUCCCUCAUCCCGAAACCGCCGGCAUCCUCCGGGCCACACUGCCUGCCAGGAGGCCGAGGCCCUGCAGCCAGAGCCUUGAGCCUCUCCGGCCCCAGAGCCAGGCUGGCCUUGCGGGGUUGACUGCGGGGAGGCCGGGCUGGGCCCACAGGACCCAGGGAAGCCAGAGCGUCCCAGGUGAGGCUGCCUGGUGGCUCAGCUCCGGGCCCCCGCAGCCCCACACGCACCCCUGCAGACAGCGAGGCCCCGGACUCCCUGGGCUGCUCCCCUCGCUGCCCACAGCCCCGCCCAGCUCUGACCGGGUGCAGUGCAGCCUCCCUCAGCAGCCAGGCGGGGAGAGGGCCCGGCCCGCCAACAGAUGCUGCUGAGGGCCUGAGGGGGACAAAGCUGCCGGGGACCUGGUGCUCAGGCGGCUGCAGCGCUCCCUCAAGCCACAGUUUGCUCAUCUGUGAAAUGGGCGCGUGGAUUGAGGCGGAAGCUGCGCUUCAAUCUCAGUCCCUGCCGAUGUUGUGCAUUUGUCUGCUCCUUCAAUGGACACCCUUGAGUUCCGACUUGUUCGCACGGAGGCCCAGUGAUAACACAGACAAGAGCCCCAUCCGUCUCCAAAAGCCUACAACCGGUGAGGAAGAGGCGACAAACAGAAGCUAAGCAGCUGAAGUGGCCCAGGAGGGCUUCGCUGAGGAGGUGGCAUUUGCCCGAGGGCUGGAAGAAGAGCAUUGCGGGGUGGGGUGGGGGCAGCAGGGCGGAGGCCGAGGCAAGGACAGGCUCACUGCUUCCCAGAUGGCGAAGGGACCUCGUUCUCCGGACAGAGGCGUCCCAGAGCCGCAAGGCGCGCCCGUGCGCCGUCCGGCCAGCAGAGGGCAGCAGCGCCCGUCGCUUCCGAGAGAAUUCCAAUUCCUUAGGCUCGGGAAGAAAGGAGCAGGAACUGCGACACAGGUGAUCCGGCAGGAAAUCAAACAGGGAGGAGGAGCCGGGAGCCGCUCCUCAUGGGGGCGUCCGCGGACACACGGAGCAGCUCUAAUAAACGUGCCCUGUGUUUUUA